AUGUCCAGAAACGGUUCACCCCUUGGACGUAUGCUUACAGUUAUCGACUGUCCGACUUCUUCAUUGAGGUUCUUGAUUCUGGAUUGUCCAACGGAAUCCACGCUUGACUUUUACAUGGAAGAGUUUAUGAGGCUUAAUGUGGUAGCGGUGGUUCGGUGCUGUCAACCUACCUACAGUGCCUCUCGUUUAGCUGAAAGAGAUAUUCAAGUAUUGGACCUUCCUUUUAAAGAUGGUGGUGUGCCCCCGCCGCAGGUCGUGCGUGAGUGGUUACAAUUAGUAGAAAAGAACAAACAAAUAGCUGAAACAGUUACAGAAGAACCUGUCCCCGCACCUACUAUUGCCGUUCAUUGCGUGGCAGGCUUGGGAAGAGCUCCUGCGUUGGUAGCUAUUGCUUUGAUAGAGAUGGGAAUGAAGCCUUUAGAUGCCAUCGAGUACAUUAGGGGAAAGAGAAGAGGGGCAUUCAACAAACCUCAAAUAGCUUACCUUGAUUCUUAUAAACGAACAAUGAAGCCUAAAUCUUCCACUUCCAACUACUCUCUUCGGUCCUCACUCGGCCGUAUGUUCAAGUUAGGUGGUAGUACCGCCGCCAAGACUAGUCCACCUCCAUCUACAACUGGAAGCACACUGACUCAAUUGACAUGA